GUGUUAGAUCUCAUAAAAUUCAACAUACGUUGAAGUUCAGGCUGUACUUGAAAUGUGAAAACAUUGAGGGAGAUAUACUUUUGAGAAAUAUAAUUACCUGUUUUGUUGUUGUUUUAGUUCAAUAGCUAUCAUAUUUCAUAUUUAAUAUACAAAUAUAUACGUCAGAAAGCUUGAACAAGAAUGAAGGAACUCACUUCACCACUGGGAGGCGAUAAAGAGCAAUAUGGCUGAUUGUCACCGAGCCUUAAGCAAAAAAGAGCAAGUGCUGAAGGAAAAUGGCAGAAGGGAAAGUAAGCGAGAGUGCUUCCGUCAACCGGUUAAUUGAUAUAAUAGAGUCACAGAGUUCAGUAGAGGAUGACAGCUCGGAAAGUUCUGGAGCUCGGUACCCGCAGGACCUCCGAAGCGUCCUGGUUACCAGUGUUUUAAACCUGGAGCAGCUGGACAUUGACCUCUACAGGGGAACGCACCACUGGGUGCCGCGCACGCAGCGCUUAUUUGGCGGUCAGAUCAUCGGCCAGGCUCUGGUGGCUGCUGCCAAAUCAGUCAGUGAUGAUCUCUAUGCCCACUCGCUGCAUUGCUACUUUGUGCGAGCAGGAGACCCUAAGGUACCGGUUCUGUACCAGGUGGACCGCACUAGAGAUGGACGCAGUUUCACUGUGCGCUCUGUGAAGGCCAUCCAGCAUGGAAAACCCAUCCUGAUCUGCCAGGCGUCCUUCCAGCUGCUGCAGCCAAGCCCGCUGCAGCACCAGUUCCCCAUGCCGGCGGUCCCUCAGCCUGAAGACCUGCCCACCGUUGAGGAGAUCAUUCAGCGUUACCUCAGUAAACCAGACCUGACAGAGAGUGCAAAACAAGGCCUGAACAAACUCCUGGCUACCGAGGUUCCCAUCGAGGUGAAGCCCGUCAGCCCAGCACAGUUUUACCGCCAUGCUUCAGGAGAACCACGGAGGCUGUUCUGGGCCAGAGCGCGAGGACAUAUUGGUGAAGGAGACAUGAAGUUGCACUGCUGUGUGGCCGCCUAUGUGUCAGACUUUGCCCUCCUGGGGACUGUACUGCUGCCGUACCCUAAAUACAAGGCCCGCUUCACCGCCUCCCUGGACCAUGCUAUGUGGUUCCACAGUACCUUCCGUAGCGACGAGUGGAUGCUUUACGAGUGUGACAGUCCCUGGGCAGGAAGCAGCAGAGGACUGGCUCAGGGUCGGCUGUGGAGAAGAGAUGGGGUCCUGGCAGCCUCUUGUUCUCAGGAAGGGGUCCUGAGAGUCAAACCUGCUCCAGAGAACAGCAAACUAUAGCUGUUUUUUUUUUUUUUUUUUUUUACAUAUUUUGCUAUAAUUAUGAGUGAUAGCUGCUGUUUUAAGUGUUUUUAACUUUUAAAAUGUUCAAAUGUCAGAUAUUGAAAUUAUUUAUGCACGGGGGGGAAAUCUUUCUAACUUCUAGAGUUUUACAUGUCAGGACUUGAAAAACAGUUUUUCAGUUUUAUGUUUGUACACUGGAGGCUAAAAUAUAAGCCAUGUUAGAACCUAAUGAAGACGUGAUAUCUGAAAAACCCUGCAGACGCAACCAGAUGUAGCGUUUAUUAUGACUGAGUAGAAUUUAUAACAUUGUCUAAAAUAUUUGAAUUUUAUAAAUUAGUAUUUUAAAAAAUUAAUGGAUGAAAGAGCUAUUUUUUAUUUACAUAUGCCCCAAAACAAAAAAGGCUAGAGUGGCUUUUCUAUAUUUCUUGGAUAUAUUUAUGCAUUGAUAUGAUGCAAUGAUGUAAGAGCCACUAUACAUUAUUAACUCCUUUUGUUGACUUAAUGCAAUAUUUUUGACCUGUAAUGCCUUGUUAACAUGACACACAAAGCAUGGUCACUUGUUUUUAAUGUAUAAUUUUCCUUACAGGGGUUUCCCAGAAGUCAGCAUUUUAAUUAUUGCACUAGUGUCAAAAUGUGCUUUGUAUUUAACUUGUGAAAAAAUUAAGAAAAUUGUGCUCUGUAACAAUAAAACUUGUAACUUGUGAUAAGAAAUGUUAAUGCAUUUAAAACCUGUGAGGAACAUUGAAGCAGCUCAAUAAACAGGGUAAUGGUGAAGAACACA